AGGUGCACUUCCUCUCCAUGAUACCACGACAGCAAUGGAACAGGAUGCGCCAAUUUGCCCGCUUUGACUUUUCCGCAGUGCGUGGAGUGGAGAUUAUCGGGAAAGAGGUCAGCCGACAGGGGAGGGUCGACUGGGAUUUCCUCCUCGGCCUGCAUGAGGAUGCGGCCGUCUCAUCAUCGUCAUCCACAUCAUCACCAUCACCAUCAUCAUCAUCAUCAUCAUCAUCGCCUCCAGCCGAUGGUGGAUGCCUUGACCACUCCCAGACAGUGCCGUCGUAGCCAUCCAACAGUAUCCGAGCGCUGAGCGAGAACUGCCCGACAGGAUCGAAUAGACUCGCGUGUCUGACCGGACGAAGUGCUCCGAACGGAGAACGGCGGCUAUGAACAGUCGCUGUACACACUGCCUUCAGAGCGAGAGCGAGAGCGAGAGCAGGAGGCGCUCCUCGGAGUGAUCUCGCACUGAUCAGGCACAUGUAGGUGGUCCACUGUCGAGAUGUAAAC